AGGAUCAUGCACUAAUAACCAAGAGAAACAAACUACGAGUCAAAAUCAAUGGCUGCUCUCACUAAAAUCCUCUGUUUCUUCUUCAUCAUCCUUUCCAUUUUCACAUCUCAAGCUUCAGCUCAAACCGCCGCAUGCAAAACAGAAGUAAAUGACUGUAACGACAAAUCCAAAGCUUUGCCGUUAAAGAUCAUAGCCAUCGUAUCAAUAUUAGUAACCAGCAUGAUAGGCGUCAGCUUACCACUCCUCACAAAAUCAAUCCCAGCUCUAAGCCCAGAUAAAAAUUUAUUUAUUAUCGUUAAAGCUUUUGCAUCUGGUAUCAUUCUUGCAACUGGGUUCAUGCACGUGUUACCAGAUUCUUUCGACAUGUUAUGGUCCGACUGUCUGAAAGAAAACCCGUGGCAUAAGUUUCCUUUUACUGGUUUUGUUGCUAUGUUGUCUGCUAUAGUGACGCUGAUGAUUGAUUCUAUGGCGACGAGUGUAUACACUAAGAAUAACAGUGGUGAAGUCAGCCCAGAUUCUGAACUUGCUGAUCAAGGACAUGAUCGAGAGGUUGGUGUGGUUAAUAAUGGAGGGUCACAUGGACAUGGACAUGGUCAUGGUCAUCACUUUGGUGGCUCUAAAGGUGGAGUUAAUGGUCAACAGUUGCUUCGUUAUCGAGUUAUUGCCAUGGUACUAGAAUUGGGGAUCAUAGUUCAUUCGGUAGUGAUUGGUUUAUCACUCGGAGCAUCGAGCAACACCUGUUCGAUAAAGGGUCUAGUAGCCGCUCUUUGCUUUCAUCAAAUGUUUGAAGGAAUGGGUCUUGGCGGUUGCAUUCUCCAGGCGGAGUACAAUCUUUUCAAGAAGGUAAUGAUGGCGUUUUUCUUCGCCGUAACGACGCCAUUCGGAAUAGCAAUCGGAAUAGCUUUGUCGAAAACAUACAAGGAAAAUAGUCCGACUGCUCUGAUCACAGUCGGUUUAUUAAAUGCAUCAUCAGCUGGACUUUUGAUAUACAUGGCGCUGGUUGAUCUUCUUGCUAAUGAUUUUAUGGGUCAGAAGCUUCAAGGAAGCAUUAAGCUUCAGAUAAAGUCUUAUCUUGCUGUUCUUCUUGGUGCUGGUGGCAUGUCUGUUAUGGCUAAAUGGGCUUGAUCAACCAGUUUUUUCCUCUAAAAUCCUGUAUCAACAUCAAUUACUCAGUAGAGACCAGAAUCAACUGUGACAAUAUCAUUGUAUGUGUGUUUUUUUUUUUCCUUCUAGCCAGUUCUUUAUUUCAUGUGAAGCAAAAGGCAGAUUGGUGUUUGUUUGUCGAAAACAACAAUCUCUCAAGUUUUAGUUUUCACACUAUUUUCUCAAUAUAUAUAAAAAAAUAGUUGUCUUUU